AUGCAAGAAGUGCUUAAACCAAUGACCUUUGAAGAAGCUGAACGAAACUGUGAAAUUUUGGGGAGUCACCUGGCAUCAUUUUCAUCUGUACAGCAAUUUAAGAAUAUACGAAACCGUUUUCCACGAACAAAUUGGUGGAUAGGCCUGAAACAAGUGAACCAGGAAUGGGCAUGGACAGAUGCAAAAAAUGUUGAUUACGGUAUUUGGAGCAAAUACGGUCUAUCAAAAAUUAUUAUUGAUGUACAAAAGUGUAUGCGUGCUACUGAACGUGGUAGUUGGGAACGAUCCAGUUGUGAAUUGGAUUCAAGCUCUCUCUGCAAACUUGAUCCAUUGGAAAGCUGCAGACCAGGGUUUAAUGAAUUUCAAGGCUUUUGCUACAAUAUUGAAACUAAACGAGUAGCAUAUGAAGUUGCUCAAAAUUUUUGCCUUGCGAAUGGAGCUGAUAUAGUAUGGGUUACUUCUUCCAAAGAGCAAGGAUUCUUGAACGGUCUUGCUAGUUCUCAUCCUUUUUGGCUCUCUCUUGUACUCGAGUCAGGAAGCUGGGUAUGGAAAGCCGAAGAAAGUCCGUCAUUUUUAAACUGGAAACACGGUGAACCAAAUCAUUGCUGUCCGGAAGAAGAAGCUUCUAAUGCAUUUAGUGAGCCUAGUGGGUGGAGUGACACUUCAUACCUUUCCAAAUAUGCUGUGGUUUGUAAGUAUAAAAAGGGCAUUCUUCUUAACAGUGAAGUCGACUUCGAAUCAGAUUCAUCACUUUCAAGAAGGAGUCCUGAAGAUCAGUCAAGACUGAUAGCGAUUCUUCCGUUGUCUCCUUUCUAUGCAACUGGAAUAGUUCUUUUGGUGAUGGUAGCCAUAACAAUAACAGCAAUCCUCUGCAGAAAAAAACCUGUGGUAAUAGUGGAAUACGCAAAGGUUCCAGAAAUAUUUGAGGAUGAUAGCUACAGUGCAAAAGUGUAUUAUCAUAAUCCAACAAUAAUACGUGAAUAUGACGCGUAA